UCUCUGGGACAGCCUCUCACCACAUCAUCUAACUAACAGACCGGGAAACUAACUCACCUGAAAACACACCCAAGCAACAAAGUAAGGCCUGAUUUUUUUUUUUUUUUUUGGGUUUGGUUUUCUUUUGUGGACAUUUUGUUACUUACUACUACUACUGCCCGACUGACAUGGAGACCCUGCGAUCCAGACACGGACACCCACUCAUCCACAAGUCACUUUGCCUCACCUGCAGAAAAACGCAGCACAGCAGAAUGGAGGUCAAGAUGAUGUCUUCAUUCAGUCGUGCGCUACUCUUUGCACUGGCACUCAGCCUCUAUGUGGUGGAGAUGACCUCGGCUGAGACGCUGUGUGGGGGAGAGCUUGUAGACGCGCUGCAGUUCGUCUGCGAAGACAGAGGCUUCUAUUUCAGUAGGCCCACCAGUCGGGGAAACAACAGGCGCACCCAAAACCGCGGGAUAGUAGAGGAGUGUUGUUUCCGUAGCUGCGACCUGAAGCUUCUGGAGCAGUACUGCGCCAAACCGGCCAAGUCGGAAAGAGACGUGUCGGCCACGUCGCUGCAGGUCAUUCCAGUGAUGACGCCGCUAAAGCAGGAAGUCCCGAGGAAGCCGCAUGCGCCCGUGAAGUAUUCCAAAUACGAGCUGUGGCAGAAGAAAGCAGCGCAGCGACUCCGGAGAGGCGUCCCGGCAAUCCUGAGAGCCAAAAAGUUUCGGAAGCAAGCGGAAAAGAUGAAAGCCCAGGAGGAAGCGACCUUCCACAGGCCCCUGAUCAGCUUGCCCAGCAAACUGCCGCCCGUCUUGCUCACCACGAACAACUACGUCAACCACAAAUGAGAGCCCAACCUGCCAGACAAGAGUUUGGGCAAAAAAACAACAAAAAAAAAAGCCUAGGGGAUUAUAGCUUUGUCUCUGACGUCAUUUCUGUGGCAGUUCUCUUUGACCUCCCCUGCCCUGUCCGAGCCAGCCAAUACCCCCCCCCCCUCUCUCCAACGCCCCUCCACUACUUCUUGACCCCCUGGCCCCCUUUUUUUUUUCUAAUACUCCUCGAACCCCAUCACCCUCCUCCGGAACACAAACAUGCCUUCACAUUCUUCCUGUCUGAACUUUUUCGCUAGCUCUUUCAGUCACCGACACACAAAAGGCACAAACACAAAUGAUGAACAAUUCCGCCGAACGCCAUUCAGGUGGAGACGUAAGCAAAAAAGAGUAAAUGGAAAAAGGGAGAAGAGAACAUGAAAGAACAUCUGUGGUUUGGAAGUGUCAAGAGGACACCCGACGGAAUGUUUUUUUGUCCUUGUGGAAAACAACUCAAAGCGACGAGAAGCUCGCAUGACAGAAUCUGUUCCACUUUUUUUUUUUUUUUUCCUGAGGCGAAAAAGAACCUGUUUUUUUUUUUUUAAUGUUUUUUUUUUAAUUUUUUUUUUUUUUUUUUUUUUUUGCACCUCUACCUAUAAAGGGACUUCCACACUGUAAGGAAUUAUUUUGUAAAAUUAGAUUCCUGUUCCAGCACCUUUUGAUCACAAACAAAACGCAGAAAAGAGUCUGCAGAAUUGCACAUUGCCACGGAUUACGUCAAAGUAAAGAAAAAAUAAAUGGCACUAUUUUUUUAUGAACAAUGAACGUGUAGCUUAAAAAAAAAAAAUGUCAUGGUGCUAGCUUCAGGAAAGGACUUAAAGAAGAGGUUGAAAAGCACGUUUUUUUUUUUUUUUUUUUCCUUUGAAUGAAUUUAUUACAGCUUUCCGUUUUAAGGAAAGUGAGACUCUAAAAAAAAAAAAAAAAAAAAAAAAGGAGGUAAAGUAUAUGGGGCGGGGGGGCGCUCCUGGCGGUGGCGACGUCAAGGGGUAAUAAGUGUCACUGAGAAACUUUUGGGGGCGAGGACGGCAUCAAGGCGGCUCACAGGAAAUACAAGCGACUACCGGGGACACCAGACCCUGUCCCGCCGGUCCUGCCUGUCUGUGUGUACCCCAACAACCCCCCCCCCCCACCCCUGCAAAGGCAGACAGACUGGACACAGGGAACAUAAAUACGGGACACUUGUGGACCGCCCGGAUUGGGACAGUACAACGCUUCUGGGAAAGUACUUCCUGUUUACUGUGGCUUUGCAGACUGCUUGGACAGGAAGUAACAUGGCAUGGACGAGUGGGAUAAUUGAUGAGGAUUCUACAUAUUUUAGUUUUUUUUUUUUGUUUUUGUUUUUGUUUUCUUUUCAUAUCGAUAUUUCAAAGAAAAAAGAAGAAAAAAAAAAAGGAAAACCCUGUCUGUUUCUGGUACCAUGACAUUCCUGUUUUUCCAUGUUAGGCAUUUUUUCAUGGUAAUGUUCUGUUGUGUUAUUUUACUUUUCCGUUCGAAAGAAAGGCACAGAAAUUCCGAUUCAAAGGGAAAAAAAAAACAGCAAUAAUGUCAACUAACAUUUAUUUUUAUUGUAUAUCAGUAGUAUUCACAUGCUUUUUGCCUGAAACAGAUACUUGAAUAUAUCUAUCUAUAUAUAUAUAUAUGAAUAUAGAUAUAUAUAUGUAUAUGUAUAAAUAUAUAUAUAGAUAUAUAAUUAGUUUCCAGGGACGUUGUGUUAUUUCCUUUAGUCUGAGCUGUAUCUUGCGUAAUGAGCCGCCAAGCUUUUUUUUUUUUGUUUGUUUAUUUGUUGAAAUACAAAUAAGGGCACUGUAUAAAGGCAUUAUUUAUUUUGUUAUAAAAUAUAUUUGAAAAAUUGGUCCAAAUAAUAUGCGCAGCACUGAUGCUCAACUGACGGAUUUAUUUUGUAUGAUCUCUGUUUUUUCCAAUUGGAGCUGUAAGGCUUUUUUUUUUUUUUUGUAGAUGCUUUGUACCAAAAAUAAUGUCCUACCCCGCCAUACCCAAAUCCACGCACCCACCCGUACAGUUAUUUUAAAUGAAUACUUUAACAGGAGCAUGUAGUCGGAAUUUUGUAGGCAUGUUAUGUCACAGAAAUAGGUACAUACAUAUUCGGAAUAAUAACAGGGAAAAUCGGGAUUACAGCAGCAGAGUGACUUUUUAUGAAUUUAGUUUUAUUCAAUCCACUUUGUUUUCAAGCCAAUUUUAGUAUUGAUGGCGCGGGAAUGUCGAGUCCUCGAUAUCAAAUAUGUAUUCAUUAAUUGUGCACAAUAUCCUACAAGCUUUUAAGUAUUUUUUUUUUUUUUGUCUGUGUGGGUUGAUUGGAUCAAAUGUCACUACAGGGUCUUAACUCGCACAAUACGCCUUUACCCCCCCUCCCACCCAUUCCACCCCCACCCCAACAAACUCACUAUGACAAUAACAUCAUCCUUCUAGAUAUCCGACAUUGAUCUCGAUCAUACCAAGCACUACCUUCACUUCCUGCCGUCCUACCAUGAUUAUUAUUAUUAUUAUUAUUAUUUUUCUUUUUUUUUAUAAAGGGCUAUUGGGUCGAACCAUUUUUAAUGCAGUCAUAGGAUUCAGGUAAAGAAACAAACGCUCUGCAGGGAGGAGUGUGGUUGUUCCUAAUAAGACAUCAUUUCGUUAAUGACACAUUACCACUUCCUCCUAAAAAUGAGUCACGUGUCACUCAAAACGGUAUCACUAGUACCGAGGACUUAUCGACGAUAUUUAUGCAUUUCCUGUCAGAGAUCUUCCAUAUCUUUCCUCGAUUAUAUUCUUCUAUCGUGCAACAAGGCAGACAGUGCAAUUAUUAUGAUGAUGAUGAUAAUUAUUAUUAUUAUAUGCUGGGACUGCAUACAUCCACUAUUGUAAUGCUCAAACAGGCUACUUUAGUGUCGCUGAAAAAAAUGAAAGACAACCACUUUUUUGGUAAAUAUGAAGAGAUAUCCUGCCGAGCAACGGCGAACCUUUUUUCUUUGUCAGUCGCUCACUCAGCCUGUGUGUAUUUUAUUGAUUUAACCUCCGCACGCUAGAACGUCCGAAAUGCACAAUUCAUGUACUUUCAUUUUUAAUAUCAAUAAAAAAAAACAUUUUAUCAAA